UCCUGGACGGUUUCUUGUGACGGAAUGAAUUCUUCUGACACCACCAUGCUCGAUUUCAAUCACCCCUUGUUCAUGCAUCUAUUUGAUACGUCGGGUAGUGUUAUUGUUUCUCACCGCUUGGUCGGUAUUGACAACUAUAAUAUCUGGAGUCGUUCUAUGAAGAUUGCGCUGUUGACGAAGAAUAAGCUAGGUUUUGUUGAUGGUUCUUGUUGCAAAGAGGAUUAUGAUGAGUUCUUGCAUUCUCGGUGGGAACGCUGUAAUGCGUUUGUCCUAUCCUGGAUUUUCAACACGAUGAGCAGUGAUCUUUCUGCUAGAAUUGUCUUUGCUUCAAGUGCUGCUCAUGCCUGGACUGAUUUGAAGGAGCGAUUCGAUAAGGUUGAUGGAUCUCGAAUUUUUUCUUGCAUCGGAAAAUUGCAACUUUUUCUCAAGAAAUUGUUACAGUUUCUUAUGGGUCUUAAAGAUACGUAUUCAGCAAUUCACAGUAAAGUUUUGCUUAUGCAACCUGUGCCAAUUGUUAAUCAAACCUAUUCCAUGAUUGUGCAAGAAGAAGCACAACGAGUUCAGCUAUCUGGUGUUUCGGGAGUAACUGCAAUGUAUUCCAGUGCUUCUGAAAAUUCUGAUCUAAGGUGUUUUAAUGGAGUUUGUGAUUUCUACAAGAUAAAGGGUCAUAAGCGUGGAAGUUGUUAUCGCUUAAAUGGCUUUGCUCCUGAUUUCAAAUUCACUAAGAAAAAGGUUCCCCAGGCUACUCUUGCUACCAACACCUCAUUGCCUGAUUCUGAUCGUGAAUCACGUUCUAGUGAUUCUAGUAAUACUCAUGUUGCUCCAGUUUUCACCACAGCUCAGUAUAAUCAAAUUCUUGAGCUUCUGAAUAAAUCUCCCUCGAUUGAUACAACAGUCAACUUAGCAGAAUCUCUUCAUUGGGAAGAUGGGGGGAUUGGUAGAGAGUCUCGUGGUCUCUAUGUUUUUAAUUCAAAGAAUCUUGUUUCUGGGCAUUGAUGUUGAACUCCAAAGAGAAGAUAUUGAACUCAUUGCUGUUAACGAUCCUUUCAUCGCCACUGAUUACAUGUACGACAGACUUCAUGUAUAAUGGAAACACAAUGAACUUAAGGUGAAUGACUCAAAUACCAUUCUCUUUGGUGAAAAGCCUAUCACUGUUUUUGGCAACAGAAACCCUGAGGAAAUUCCAUGGGCCGAGGCUGGAGCUGAAUAUGUUGUUGAGUCUAUCGGUGUUUUUAUUGACAAGGAUAAAGUUGCUGCUCACUUGAAGGGACAUGGCCCAAAUACAAUUUAAAUCUGAAGGCCCAACAGACUCGAUCCAGAUGCAACUAGGGUUUCAUCUCUAUCUCCAGCCGCCAUCAAUCUCAUCCGUUGGAUCUGGAGAGAUCCAACGG